AUCGUUGUUCUUUGCAAGAUUUCUUCUUCUUCUUCGACAAAUAUGCUCACUGAGAAAAACAAACAGUUUCAUGCCAACCAUAACGCUCAAGGUGCUUCCCCGGCAGAGUGGGCGGAGAUUCGACAUAGGCUACUUGCGAUGCAAGAGAACAUUCAAUCAGGCUCUGACAUUGACUCUAGGUCUGAUGAUCCACAGAUGUGUGGACUUUAUGUCUCAGAUAUCUACGAGUAUCUCCAUGAAUUAGAGGUGAAGCCAAAGCUAAGACCUUUAGAUGAUUAUAUGGAAAAGGUUCAAGAAGAAGUAACACCAAGCUCGAGAGGUGUUUUAGUAGAUUGGUUAGUGGAAGUUGCUGAAGAGUUCGAACUCGGGUCUGAAACACUCUAUCUCACUGUCUCUUACAUCGAUAGAUUCUUGUCCUCAAAGACUGUCAACGAGCAAAAACUUCAGCUUGUAGGAGUUUCUGCAAUGUUUAUCGCUACGAAGUAUGAAGAGAAACGUCGCCCUAAAGUGGAAGAUUUUUGUUACAUUACGGCUCAUACAUAUACGAAAGAAGAUGUGUUGAAGAUGGAAGAGGAGAUACUUCUCGCGCUUGAGUAUGAACUAGGAAGGCCUACGAUCAAUACUUUUCUAAGACGGUUCAUAAGGGUUGCACAAGAAGAUUUCAAAGUGCCAAACUUGCCGCAGUUAGAGCCUCUUUGUUGCUAUCUAUCAGAACUAAGUAUGUUAGAUUAUAGUUGUGUGAAGUUUGUUCCAUCUUUGUUGGCUGCUUCUGCUGUCUUUCUCGCUCAAUUCAUCAUCCGUCCCAACCAACAUCCUUGGAGUCAAAUGUUGGAAGAAUACACGAAGUAUGAAGCAGCUGAUCUACAAGUGUGUGUGGGAAUCAUGCAUGACUUGUAUCUGAGCAGAAGUGAAGGUGCUUCAAAAGCUGUUAGAAAGAAAUACAACCAACAUAAGUUCCAAUACGUUGCGACAAUUCCUGUCUACCAAGAGCUGCCGGUUACCUUUUGGGAGGAUGUUACCAUUUGAUCAGAACCAAUCUUUCAUUUGGCAGAUGUUACUGAGAUCGAUUACCAUAUCGCGGUCCGAUAGCAUAAGAGACAAAGAUCAACAGUUGAAGCUAGAUGAGUCAUAUCUUGAAGUGAAGGCAAGAGAAAAUAAAUUGUGUUGUGAAGA